AAAGAAACGAAGAAAUCACUGCGGAACUAGGAAGUUUUCCUCUUCCUUUAGCUGCUCCGGUGGUUGUGUUCGAUGCGAAAAUCGGUCUUUCUGAUCUGUCGUUGCGCCGCAUUUUUUCACUAGAAUAUGAAGAUCUCGGCGAAACACGGAUCAAUCCGAGGCAGCGGAAUUCUUUCGAGUGCAGCGUACGUGCGGAAGUUCCCGUAUUGGUAGCGUUGUUGAUUAUUAGGUGAAAAGUCAGUUACUUCUGAGUUGUGUAAGAACAUCUCGAGAAUACAGAUAUCAAAAAUGAUGCGUGUCUCGGUGCUUGUCUUGUCAGCCAUCGUGCUGAAGGCCUCCGGUUUGUCCGUGAAGAAAGCGUUGAAGUGCUGCGAUCCGGAGGCGAAGCCCGACAUCGGCGGCGAGGCGGACGCGGAGGUGGCCACUACUCCGAAGGCGGAAACGGGUACCGGUGAUGCGACGGAAGAGAAGAAGGAAGAGGAGAUCGCCCCCAUUGUCGAGGAGGAGAAGAAGAAGACGCCGGAAGCCACCCCAGACGCGUCUCCGAACACCGGCACUGCCCCUGGCUCCGAUGUGGAGCCGGCGACCACUGGUAUUGUUUGUGCUGAGUGUGGCAAUUACGUAUGUACUACAAGUAAUUUCCCUGCAGAUGAUGAAACGUAGCCGCCGGCCACAUGCAAGUGCGCCUUCCGGAUACUCCUCCUCUUGGUGUUUUCGUAUUCAUCGCGUUGAAACAGAGCUCGUAAUCCUUGUGCUCAUUCCCUCCACAGGUGGAGCGACGCCGGCGGCUGCAUCCUCCUCCUCGCAGGACCCGGGGGCAACGGAGGAAACCGCGGUGGUCCCGAAUGCGGACACUGGCGCGGCAUCUGGAACCGGCGAGUGCAAAACCAAAGGCAAGAACAAGAAGGGCAGGUGCUCGAUCAUGUAGAAGGAGACCCGAGGACGGGUCAUCUGCCGCUGGGCCUGAAGAAGCUUCUUCAGAACCCAGAGUUGGACUUGGAAUAAAGUAGAUGUACAUUAUGAGACUAUAGUUCAACAACUUCUGAAGCUCUACUGUAGACCCAGCCUGCUCACGAGGGAGGCAUGCUCCUGUGGUUGUCCACGAGGGCGGAGGCAUAUUUACUCCUGAUGGCGUUUCGUGCCUUUGGUUUUGCAUCUUUCAAUGCACCGAUUUUGCCAGUUUUGCCGUACCGUACUACAAGGACCUGUGAUCAU